UUCGCUUUCGCUUUCGCUUUGCCUCCCGCCAUCGCGACGGGCGGCAGCGGCGGCGCCGGGGGCCGGCGGCCGCGGCAGGCGGUCUGGGGGCUGCCGGGGCUGCGGCGCGGCGCGGUGCGGUGCGGUGCGGUGCCGCGCCACGCGCCCCAGGGCUGUGCCCAGCGGGGGAAUUCCCGCCGUUCCUUCCCGGCUCCCUCAGGCGGCGGGUGUAAAAUGGCGCCGCGGCGGCGGGCCGGGCCGCCCCCAUGGCCGUCGCUGGCCGUGGCGGCGGGGCUGGUGGGGCUGCUGAGCGCGGCUCUGGCUCUCGGCGGUGACAGCACGCCCUUCCCCUGGCAGGGGGUGAGACUCCCCAAGGAUGUUGUCCCACUGCGUUACCACCUCGUCAUCCAUCCCAACCUCACCACCCUGACCUUCGCCGGCAGCGCCGCCAUCGAGGUUACAGUCACCUGGCAGACCAGCGCGGUAGUCCUGCACAGCAAGCACCUGAGGAUCGCCAGGGCCACCGUCGAGGCUGGCCACGGCCGCCCGGCGCAGGAGGCGCGGGUGGUGGAGCAGCAGGCCCUGGAGCAGGUGGCACUCCUCACCGCUGAGCCCCUGCGGGCUGGGCACAACUACACCCUCCGCAUCCAGUACCGGGCAAAUCUCUCCGAGUCCUUCCAUGGCUUUUAUAAAAGCACCUACAGGACCCGGGAAGGAGAACUCAGAGUGCUUGCAGCAACACAGUUUGAGCCGACAGCUGCGCGAAUGGCCUUCCCAUGUUUUGAUGAACCAGCCUUCAAAGCCAGGUUCUCAAUUAAGAUCAGGAGGGAACCAAAGCACCUUGCGCUGUCCAAUAUGCCAAUUGUGAAGUCUGUGAAUCUAACUCCCUGGCUUGUUGAGGACCAUUUUGAUACCACUGUCAAGAUGAGUACGUACCUCGUGGCCUUUAUCGUUUCGGACUUUAAAUCCGUCAGCAAAAUAACCAGUCGCGGAGUUAAGAUUUCUGUGUAUACGGUGCCAGACAAGAUCAAGCAAGCUGAUUACGCGUUGGAUGCUGCGGUGAAACUUUUAGACUUCUAUGAGGAUUACUUCAGCAUUCCAUAUCCUUUACCGAAACAAGAUUUAGCAGCUCUUCCUGAUUUUCAGUCUGGUGCUAUGGAAAACUGGGGAUUGACCACAUACCGGGAAUCCGCAUUGUUGUAUGACCCUGAAAAGUCCUCGGCGUCUUCUAAACUUCAGAUUACUAUGAUAAUAGCCCAUGAGCUGGCUCAUCAGUGGUUUGGCAACCUUGUUACCAUGGAGUGGUGGAAUGACCUGUGGUUAAAUGAAGGGUUUGCGAAGUUUAUGGAGUUCGUCUCAGUCAGCGUUACCCAUCCAGAACUGAGAGUUGAAGACUAUUUCUUACGGAGAUGUUUUGAUGCCAUGGCAGUGGAUGCCUUAAAUUCCUCACACGCUAUAUCUACUUCUGUGGAAGAUCCAGCUCAAAUUUUAGAAAUGUUUGAUAGCGUUUCCUAUGAGAAGGGAUCUUGCGUAUUAAAUAUGCUGAGGGACUACCUGACUGCUGAUGUGUUUAAAGCUGGACUUGUCCAGUACCUGCAGAAAUACAGCUAUCAGAAUACAAAAAAUGAAGAUUUGUGGAACAGCAUGACAAAUAUUUGCCCUACAAUAGGUAACGAUAAAAAUGGACUACCAGGUGAUGGUUUUUGCAGAAGCAGCCAACAGUCAUCUUCAAGUGCACACUGGACUAACAGAGAACCUCCUGACGUGAGGGCAAUGAUGGACACCUGGACGCUGCAAAAAGGCUUUCCCCUGGUAACUGUCACAGUGAGAGGGAAGAACGUCCACCUGCAGCAGGAGCGCUACGUGAAGGGAGUAGACGCUGCCUUGUCCACAGGGUACUCGUGGCACGUUCCUCUAACCUACAUUACCAGUAAAUCUGACACGGUGGAGAGAUUUUUGAUGACAACUAAAGCAGAUGUCAUUAUCCUCCCGGAAGAGGUGGAGUGGGUUAAAUUCAACGUGGACAUGAAUGGGUAUUACAUUGUGCACUACGAAGAUGACGGAUGGGAUCGCCUGAUUAACCUUUUGAAAGAGAACCACACAGCAAUUAGCAGCAACGACAGAGCCAGUCUGGUUAACAACGUAUUCCAGCUCGUGAGCGUAAACAAAUUGUCGAUUUCCAAAGCUUUUGAUUUGAGUUUGUACCUGAAACACGAAAGACAAAUCAUGCCUGUACUCCAGGGUAUGAGCGAGCUGAUUCCUAUAUACAGGCUUGUGGAGAGGAGGGAUACGGAUGGUACAGAGAAACAGUUAAAGGAGUAUAUAGUCAAUCUGUUUAAAGACCUGAUUGACGAGCAGUCUUGGAGCGAUGAAGGCUCAGUGUCUGAGAGAUUUCUUAGGCGCUCGCUGCUGCUGUUCGCCUGCGUGCACAGGUACCAGCCGUGCGUGGACAAAGCCAAAGGAUAUUUUACAGAAUGGCAGAAAUCCAACGGGACCUUGAGCUUGCCAGCAGAUGUGAAGGCAGCAGUGUAUGCUGUCGGAGCGCAAACAUCCGAAGGCUGGGAUUUCCUGCUCAGUAAAUACAGACUGCACUCCUUCAGCGUGGAGAGAGACGACAUCGAAUGGGCUCUCAGCCUCAGCAGAAGUAAGGACAAGCUUCAGUGGUUAAUGGAUCAAGGUCUGCGUGGUGACAUCGUAAGAACUCAGGAUCUUCCACAUAUUAUUGUAUUUGUUUCCAAAAACCCAUCCGGCUAUCAUCUGGCUUGGACGUUUUUGAAAGCAAAUUGGGAGAAAUUCGUAGAAAAAUUUGAACUCGGUUCGAAUUCCAUAGCCACCAUCGUCACUGGAGUGACAAGUCGGUACUCUACAAGGUCACAGCUUGCACAGGUGAAAGAAUUCUUCAGUUCUCUGGAUGAAAAAAGCGCACGGCUUCGCUGUGUCCAGCAAGCUAUCGAAACCAUUGAAGACAACAUACAAUGGAUGGAUAGAAAUUUGGAGAAAGUCAAGACAUGGCUGCAAAACAACCAUCUGUAAAUUAAGGCACCUUGCUUAUUUUUGUCAGAAGUAACUGAAAAGGCAUGAAAAAGGAGGGCUGGAGGGACAGCUCAAUGGGAUAGAUUUGUUUGGGAGGCACUGUAAGGCGGGCUAAUGCUGCUGCUGCUCAGGAUUUGUCUGUCUCACGGUUGCGGCUUGCUGGGAACAGACCCGGUCCUUUCACUGAUGUCUCCCCAGGUGACACUUCUGAGAGCAGGGGGAUGCUGUGGCGUGAAUUAAGGCGGGGGGGGCGGGGGUUGUGUGACCGCUAGAAAUGCGAAAUGCAUUGCUUCUGAAAAAGCCGAAGGUACUGUGAGAUGAACAACCCAGAGGAACUUCCCACCUGCAGGUGCUGACCCUUCGCUGUCGUUCCUGCAAAGGUACAAUGGGCCGCGCUACUCAACACUGACACGCGCUACAGCCCUACCGCGUUGCGGACACGUCUUUAUCCUUAGGGUUUGUGUUCCCAGGGGAGUAAUUUUGACAAGCCUGUACCUUGGAUCAAGCGUCAGGUAAUUAAAAAACCCCCACGUACCAAGUGUAGUUAAAAUUGCCUCAAUCCAAGUAAAUACGACAAGGCCCAUCCCUGCGAGCUCUCUGGCGGUGUCUCAGGGCUGGGGACAUUGCGGUGGCUGCACGCUGCCGAGGUGCCCGUAACGCCACCCUCUCGCCAGAGUCCUGCCCGGCUCCUCCUGCUGCCGGUGUGGAUACUUUCCCCGCCCUGGAAAUAUUCUUGUGCUUUUAGGUAACAAGUACGUACAUUUUCUGUGCAAAAAUAAAAAAAACCCAGUUGGUGGAUUAUA